CCCACACUGAGUCAAGAUGUUCUCCACCUGGAAAAGAUCGAUGUUCUUGUCUUUUCAUGAGGACCCUGUGCCCACCACGGCCUCUUUUAGAUGCCUCCAGCUGGGCCACUCCAUGCCCACACACUCUGUGUGCCCGCCCUGGGCUCUUCUGUAACGGCGUUUACACCCUUGCCCGCCAACGUGAGCUUGACCACCUGCUGGAUCCGCCGGAACAUGAGCAGACCCAGUGACACGCCGAGGCUUCUUCUCUCUGUCCCCUUGCACCCAGCCCUCCCUGGGCACCAGGCAGGCAGGCACCCCCUCCGUAUUUGCAGAACACAAGGAGGAACACACAGGCCCGCGCUCAUCCAGGAGCAAGGGGCUACAACGGGCUUUGAAUGAUGGAGGGACACAAAGCAGACAGGUAGGGGAGGAGAGGCCAUUGCCAGCAAAUGCCCACAGGAAGACAAGUCCGGAAGCACCAGGGAGCCUGCCAAUCACCGCUCGGCCGCAUCAGAAGCCCCAGCAUCGGGAAGUGGCUCUGGGUGUUACAAGCAGGACUGUGGAGUCUGUGAAUUCCCAGGGACUGGGGUGUAGUCCUUUGGAAUGACAAAAUCCAGUGCUCUGGAAUAGCAAUCUAACACAGGCAUUGACAGAAGGACGAGAGUGAGAAAGCAAGAUUUGUUGGGAAUUCCGUGUCGUAGACGUGUCUGCGGCAUGAGAGACUAACACUGAUGACAGAAGGAAGGCUUGGACAGAGGGGACAGAGAGCUCGAUGAGCCUUUGGUUCAGGUCAGAAGGUGCCCAGCUUUGGCUUCUUUCCUGUGUCUGCAAGUCGAGUUAAGAGUAGGGACCGCACGUGUGACUGUGGUGGCUGAGCAGGAACCCUGAGUACGCUUGGGUUCUAGAAGUUACCUGCAGAGAUGUUCCCAAUGAAAUGUCCUCGCAGAAGCUGCUCGAUGUGACUAGGAGAGGACACAGGGUGGCUCCGGGGUUUAGCGACUGGAGAACUGUGUAUGUCACAGUGGGGACUGUGACCCAUGAGUCCCCAAGUCCCUCAAACUCCACCCCACCUUCCCUGAAUAUGCAUCGAAGCCCAAGCUCACCCGGAGCUCAGGAGACACAGCUGCCUAGAGUCCCAGCACUCGCCUCAGGGACAGUCCCCAAGAGGGAGGACCCGUCCCACCAAGCCAGACAGGCUGUCCAAUGUUCACAGACGGCAGUCCUGGGAACCCUGCCAGCCACCUCUUUGUGCCUCCUUGUUGCCCUGUUCUCCCCACACAUGCUCCCCACAUCCCGCAGGACACAGAGGACCCUCAUCCCCCUCCAGGGUUCCCCCAUCCUCCACAUUAUAGGGGUCUGUACCCCUUCCUAGAUGGGGGGUUCCCUCAUCUUGCCUUCAGUCCUGGGAAAUCGAGCUCCUCUUCCCACAGGUUUGGGGUUCACGCUCCCUGUCCUCAGCCUCCCAGAAUUCAGGCACCCUCUCCCCACUGCCCCAGAAGUAGAAGGAGACUCUCCCCUCCCUGGGACCAAGACCCACUUCCCAUUUCCCACUCGGAGUGAGCAACAGUGGGAACAUCCAUUUUCUUUAGAGAACAUUCCAUCUCACCCCCGGGCGAGGCCCCAUGGCUUUGGCAAGGCUGCCACGGAGUUAUCUCCCAAGCCUCAGCUCAGUCAUCCUCUAGCAAAUGAGUCACGGGGCCCGGCCACACACCGUCCCCUUGUCCUCAUGGGCCAUCCCCUGCCCCAACGUGUGCAGGGCCAGGGUCGGACCCUGAGACCUGAUCUCAGGGCCUGGACAGGAAGGCAUCCCAUAAGAACAGAUACAGUCCAGUCUAAACGCAUAUGGAAGGGAGAAAAAAAGGCAGCAGCUUUCCAGAAAGGGUUUCUCUGGGGAGACCCCAAUCCUCAUCACUAAUCAGGAAGAAAUGGGACUUGGAGCCUCUCUCUGAUGAAAAUCUCCCCCAAACAAUGUCCGACACUCACCUAACACCCACGUUACUAAAAAUAAAAAAAAUUAAAAAAAAUUAAAAAGUCCCAAGUCUCCCCUGAUGGGAGGCGGCCUUCCCAAAGAUAAACUCCAGAGGCUACUGAAUCUUGGAAUCAUCUUCUUCUUUGUCUUCUACUCCCAUGACUUUAAUACGUCUAGCAUAUUAGAAAACUGCUAGAGAAUUCUAAAGUGCCUAUUGUCCCCACCGAGGUGUCAGUACAGACAAAGGAAAGAGAGAAGACCAGAUUCUGAAGACAAAGGGGCGUGUUCUGCUCCAGAGAGGCUGGGUUCAAGGUAACGUCCCAAGGGGACAUGGAGCACCCCAGAGGCAGACUAAGGAAUGUGGAGGGCUGGGACCCUGAGAUUCGGGGAUCCCCUUUCCAGAAGCCAGAAUUUAAGCCCUGACAUGGAUGCGUUCUCCUGCGUUUAGGGAAGGACUCUGAAAUGUCUUAAUUUUCUAAGAGGGCGGAUAAGGAGCACUGCAGUUAAAGGCUCUUGAAACUUGACUCUCAAAGAAAGCCAGACAUGUCUUACGGACUGAACACGAGGUCUUGAGUAGUUCAAGUUGACAGAUGCAAUGUGCAUUGAAGAAUGGGCCUCGGAGCCGCCCGGGAAGAUUAGGGAAAGUGCAUCUGCUCUUACUCAACUCUGGACCCCGCCUGAGUCCAAUUUUUCCUAGCUCACUGUUUGUUUAGUGGGCUCCACACUAACGGGUUCUUGGCCAUGGAUCCUUCAGGGCCGAAAUUUAGAAGGAGGCAUUUAAGGAAAGCUGUUGCAAAACCUCGGGCAGGAAGGACCCCGUGGUCAAUGGGGCUGUCAUCACUCAGUGUCCGCGGAGGCUCAUGGGGGCUCAGAAGGAGGCCAGGAUGCAUUUUAAGUGCAUGUUGGCCAACACAGCACUCCUGGGCUGUCCGGGCUUCCCCAGAUGUCGCCAAUGUGAGGAGGUGUGGGAGCAGAAUUCCUGCCAGCCCCCCAAAUGCAGAGCAGUUUUCCUUUUAAACCCCAGUUUGCUUCUUCCUUUGAAAGACUCACUCUUUUCGGCAAUCCCUCCAGUGACCUCAUCGGAGAGGAGGUUGUAUAAUUCAAGGCCGCAGCAUUUCCACGGGGCUUCUCAGUACAGAACAUACCUCUGAGGGCUGCUCUCGUCAUUGGGAAAGUCAGCUGAAGCUGUGAACUCUUUCCUUUCCUGGGAACUGACAGAACAAGAGUAUCCUGACUCUUCCGCACGCUCUGGGUCAGGGCUCCGGAGCGCUUCAGGUCCCGGUGGAUGGCGUCCCGGAGCCUGCUGGAGUCCCUGUUGCUGAACCGGAGCCGGCUCUCGGCGCCCAAUGCCACGUCGUGCGAUGGCGCGCGGGAAGCCUGGGCCCUGCUCUACGGCGUGCUCCCCCCGUUCGUCGUCAUCGUCUGCAUCUGCAGCCUGCUGGGGAACCUCUUCGUGCUGUCCGUCUUCCUCCUCCCGCGGCGGCGCCUGAGCGUGGCCGAGAUCUACCUGGCCAACCUGGCCGCCUCCGACCUGGUGUUCGUCCUGGGCUUGCCCUUCUGGGCGGAGAACAUCGCGCACCAGUUCCGCUGGCCCUUCGGCGGCCCCCUCUGCCGCCUGGUCAAUGGCGUCAUCAAGGCCAAUCUGUUCAUCAGCAUCUUCCUGGUGGUGGCCAUCAGCUGGGACCGCUACCGCGUGCUGGUGCACCCCAUGGCCAGCCGGUGGCGGCGGCAGCGGCGACGGGCCAAGGUCACCUGCCUGCUCAUCUGGGCGCUGGGCGGCCUCCUGAGCGUGCCCACCUUCCUGUUCCGCUCCGUCCAAGCCGUGCCGGAGCUGAACAACUCCCACGCCUGCGUGCUGCUGCCGCCCGGCGGGGCCUGGCCCUGGGCGAGGAUGGUGGAGCUGAACGUGCUGGGCUUCCUGCUGCCGCUGGCCGCCAUCGUCUUCUUCAACGCCCACAUCCUGGCCUCCCUGCGCGGGCGGGCGGAGGUCCCGGGGACGCGCUGCGGGGGCCCCGCGGGCGGCAAGAGCACGGCCCUCAUCCUCACGCUGGUGGCCGCCUUCCUGGUGUGCUGGACCCCCUACCACUUCUUCGCCUUCCUGGAAUUCCUCUACCAGGUGCGGGCCGUCCGGGGCUGCUUCUGGGAGGAUUUCAUCGACCUGGGCCUGCAGUAUGCCAACUUCUUCGCCUUCACCAACAGCUGCCUGAACCCCGUCAUUUACGGCUUCGUGGGCCGGCUUUUCCGGACCAAGGUCUGGGAGCUCUACCAGCAGUGUACCCCUCGGAGUCUUAGUCUGGGGUCCUUGCCCCACAGGACGGAUGUUCUCCCACAUUUCUGGCAGAAGAAAAACAGCAGGGAGCCGUGAAGCGUGGCUUCCUUUUCAGUAAUUUCGGACAUGAUAGAUGCUGUUGUCGCGGGCUCUGGAUGGAGCGCACCCUGCCCCCUGGCCCCCCGCAGAAAUGGGCAGGACCUCAUCCCUGGAAACUGUUGCGUGUUUUUCUCUGUGGGUGUGAUUAAGGUAAGGGUCCCAAGAUGGGGAGUUGAUCCUGGAUUAUCUGAGUGAGUCCAGUGUCUCCACAAAGGUCCUUAUAAGAGAAGUGGCCACGUGAGCAUCUGAGAAGGCCAUGCGACCGCAGAAGCAGGAGGCUGGAGGGACCGCAGAAGCCCAGAGCCAGGGGCUGGCUGCUGGCGCCCCUUAAGGGCCGGAAAAGGGACAGAGAUGGAUUCUCCCCUUAAGCCUCUGGAAGGAGUCGGCCCUGUAGACAUCCGGACUUGAGCCUGCUGAGAUGGACCUCAGAGGUCUGGCCUCCAGAAACUGAAGACAAUAAAGCCGUGUUGUUUCAC